GUGUUACGUGGAUGACAAAGUAUCCAAAGUGGCUUGGCUGAACCGCUCUAACAUCAUCUUUGCUGGGGAAGACAAAUGGUCCCUGGAUCCACGAGUGGACCUUGUCACCAAGGGUCAGCUGGAAUAUAGCCUACGAAUCCAGAAGGUGGACGUGUAUGAUGAAGGUCCCUACACCUGCUCCAUCCAGACUAAACAACAGCCAAAGACCUCUCAGGUCUAUCUUAUAGUCCAAGUUCCUGCAAAUAUCUAUAAAGUUUCCGAAGACAUCAUUAUCAACGAAGGCAGCAACGUGACACUGAGUUGUCUAGCCAGUGGGAGGCCAGAUCCAACCAUCACAUGGAGACUGCUCAAUCCAUCAGCUGAGCCUCUGGAUGGGGAGGAGUACUUGGAUAUAUCAGGCAUCCUACGGACCCAGGCGGGAAAAUAUGAGUGCAAAGCCAGCAAUGAUGUUGCCACCCCAGAUGUUAAAUAUGUCAAUGUUGUUGUCAACUAUCCUCCCUUCAUCAAAGAGGCCAAGAGCUCUGAAACCCAAGUGGGACGUCUGGGUGUCCUGCAGUGUGACGCAUCAGCCGUACCUAAGCCUGAGUUUGAUUGGUACAGAGAUGACAAAAGACUAAUCAACACCCAUGGAAUUAACAUCCAAAUCUUUGGGAGUCGCACUCUCUUGGUGGUUUCCAACGUUACUGAGGAUGAUUAUGGAAAUUACACAUGUGUGGCUACAAACAAACUUGGAAAUCACAAUGCCAGUCUGUUCCUAUAUAGACCAGGCACAGGAAGAGACAUUAAUUGUUCUGCAUGCCUCACCCAGUCACUUUGGCUCCUACUGGCCUCCAUCAUCUGCCUUCUCUUCAAAUGUUAAUAACACAACAACAGUCAGUCGCCAUUGUAUUGAGACUGUUUGUAUCAUAAUAUGACAACCUGAUGCAUUGCUGCGCCAAACAAAAUUAUAUAUAAAAAAGAAUAAGCUGUCAAAAUAGUUUAGUCUAUGAGAAGACAUUACUGUACUUCAGAAACAAACACUGCUGUUUAUAAAGGUAAUUUAUUGCAACCUUUAAAUUUCUUUAAAUUCAAAUCUUGCUUAUUGCUGAUUUUGUUCAUUUAUUUUGUUUGAGAGGCGAUUGAUUUUGGAAGAACUAAAUAUAAACUAAUAAAAAUAGCCACUAAGACAGCUUAGGUAUUAUGGGAAUUUCAAGACAAAUACAGAACUCCUGGAUAUCUGCAGAUUAUUUGGCAUAAUUUUAAUUUCAGUUUUUGUUAAUUUUGUGUAAGUACUGCAUUAUAUACAUUUAUACAAACAAUCAGAAAAUAAAAUUUACAGAUUGAAACGGUAAAUAAACAAUCACAAUAUAGAAAUGCUGCAAUUUUAAGUAAGACUCAAAUAAAAAAAUAAGCAACAGUUCUGUAAAUGUAGUUUCAAUGUUAGCUUUGAUAAAAAUAGAUAAAAUCCUGGUAGUCUUGCAUAAUUGUAGAGCUGUAUAUAUUGUCAAAUAUAUUUCAGAAAGACACUGAAUGCUGCCAGUCUGUUCUGAAUUCCCACUUUGCUAGACUUGGAGCUUUCUUGCAAAAAAAAUAAAAAAUAAAAAAAUGUUGUUAAUGAGAGGAUACAGAUGAGCAUGAGGAUUUCAGUAAUGAGGAAUUCAAUACUGAUCUUUACAUAAUUUGUUGCUUUAUUAACAGACUAUUACUUAAUAUAAGGUCUUAAAACUUGUACAAGUAACAACUUGUAUAUAAGCAAUUUUUUCUAUUUUUCUUUAAUGAAAACAAACCUGUUAUCUCAAGUUAUAACAAAAGUAAUCAUGAAUAGAGGAUUUUUUUGAACAAAAAUCUUAAAUGUACACAGCAGUUUCUCUUUGGCAAGCUGUAUUUAGCUUCAGAAAUCACCUGCCUUUUGUGUCACCAACAUGUUGCGAUUGUUUUUUUGUAAUGAAAUACUACAAGGUUGUAUAUCUGGGAGCAUGAUACUGAUGAAUGAAAAAUAAAAUUUGAUUUCUUCAGUUACAUUUUAAUUUAUGAUAUGGAAAUCACUGUAUCCAUUUCAUACAAUUAUUUGUUCUGUAAACUCAGUUACUAGUGUAUAUACCUGAAUCCAAUGUCCAUAUAUAGAAAAAAAAUAUAUGUCCAUGUUUCAAAUUAGGUUAGUAGUUUGUUGAUGAAAAAAAUGUAGUGGAUCAUGGUAGCAUAAUUUUGCACCAUGUAAUUAAUGAGCAUCUUAAAAAAAUACAAUACAAAUGUUUUUUGUGCUUAUUGUACCCUUCAUAUUUCAUUUUAUUUUUCUCUUGAAGUUUUAGGAACUUGCCAAUUAAAAUGUUUGAUUUCCUAUAGAAUA